UGUGUGUGUGUGUGUGUGUGUGUGUGUGUGUGAAAAUCGUAUUUAAUGAAAUUAUUUUAUAGUGAUUCUUUAAUGAAAUGUCAAUCACACUGUUUUCGUCUAUCUUACUGGUGUAAACUUGUAAUGUUUUACCCUACUUGCGUUAGUUAUACUCAAAGUUCACCUUACAGCCGAAUGAUUCACACACGCUUAGCGAGUUGGUUGGUUCGGACGAGUCAUCACAAAGAACCGCGCGAGUCGGACAUCACUGUUAGUGCAGCAGUUUUAAAGAGGCUGCCGUGGAUCUGCUGCUGAUAUGGAGACUCUUACCAUCCACAGAGACGGAUCGUGCAACUUUACUGAGCCGACUGAACGGAUUACGCGCUUUUAUGGCUGCUCUCCUGUCGCAUUAACAACUCCAAACAUGUCCAAAAGCCUGAAGAAGAAAAGUCACUGGACUAACAGAGUCCACGAGGUUGUGUUAUUGAGGGGUCCGAGCGUAGAUCUCGGGUUCGAGCUGCAGGGAGGCGCGGAGAAUGGACAGUUCCCCGUGAUUGGAGAGGUGAAACCGGACAGGCGCAGAUUGCACCAGGACGAGCUCCUUCUGGAGGUCAAUGAUACUCCAGUGGCCGGACUGACCAUCAGGGAUGUGUGGGCUGUGGUCAGACACUGCAAAGACCCUGUCCGCCUCAAGUGUGUCAGGCAAGGAGGUGUUGUGGAUAAAGAUCUCAGGCAGUAUCUCAACCUGCGUUUCCAGAAGGGCUCUUUGGACCACGAGCUGCAACAAAUAAUUCGGGACAACCUCUAUCUUCGUACAGUACCCUGUACAACCAGACAGCCUAAAGAAGGAGAGGUCCCAGGAGUGGACUACAACUUUGUGACUGUUGAGAGGUUUGUGGAACUAGAGAGAAGUGGAGCUUUGCUGGAAAGUGGAACGUAUGAAGAUAACUUUUACGGCACCCCAAAGCCCCCGGCAGAGCCCAGCCCACUGCUGCUGAAUGUAGCUGAGCAGCUGUUGCCAGGUGCUACACCCAGAUCACAGGGCAAACGCAGACGUAACAAGUCCGUAAGCAACAUGGAAAAGGCUGGCAUCGAACCGCCCGAGGAGGAAGAGGAGGAGAGGCCCGUCAUCAACGGCAACGGAGUGGCCAUCACCCCAGAGUCCAGUGAACAUGAAGACAAGAGUACAGACGCCUCAGGAGAGAUGCCCACCACAUGCCCCUCCGAGACCUCCACAGAUGCCCCUAAAGAAGAGACAGAAAUACCAAAAUCACCUCCCAAACUGGACGAGAAUGACGAAUUGGGUCCUCUGCCAGAUAACUGGGAGAUGGCUUACACUGAGAAAGGAGAAGUGUACUUUAUAGACCACAAUACAAAGACGACAUCCUGGUUGGACCCCCGGCUUGCGAAGAAAGCGAAGCCCCCUGAAGAAUGCAAAGAGAACGAGCUUCCUUAUGGCUGGGAGAAAAUUGAUGACCCUGUUUAUGGAACCUACUAUGUUGACCACAUAAACCGAAGGACUCAGUUUGAGAAUCCAGUUCUAGAGGCCAAGAGAAGAUUGCAACAGCAGCAGCAGAUGCAGAGUCAGGGCUUGUCCUCUCUCCCUCUACCUACAGUCUACAGAGAGAAGCCUCUGUUCACACGGGACCCCACGCAGCUGAAGGGCAGCUUUCUGUCUACAGCCCUACAGAAAAGCAACAUGGGAUUUGGCUUCACUAUAAUCGGUGGUGACGAACCAGAUGAGUUCUUACAGGUCAAAAGUGUCAUACCAGACGGGCCUGCUGCACAGGAUGGGAAAAUGGCUACAGGAGAUGUGAUUGUCUACAUUAAUGACCUCUGCGUCCUGGGCACCACUCACGCUGAUGUGGUGAAGCUUUUCCAGUCAGUGCCAAUUGGACAAAGCGUAACCCUCGUCCUUUGCAGGGGUUACCCUCUUCCAUAUGACCCGGAGGAUGCAGCCAGUACAUUGCUGUCCCCCCUCAGUCUAAUUGAUCGUCAUCUGCUGGUCAACGGACGGAAUAGCUACGACAGCUACAUGGAGUACAUCUCCCGCACUGCUCGCUUCGUCGACCCAAUCCAAACGACGCUGGCGCAACCUCACCCUGGAGACACCCACCUGGACACCGGACCACUGGAGGACAGCGUCUCAAUGGCAUCGUCAGGGGCGGCUGGAGGAGAGCUUUUAACCGUUACCAUGGUGAAAGGGGCGGAUGGGUUUGGAUUCACUAUAGCAGACAAUAAUGGAGGACAACGGGUGAAUCAGAUUCUGGAGGCACAGGGGUGCCCGGGGCUGUGCGAGGGCGAUCUGAUCGUGGAAAUUAACCAGCAACCCGCGCUAACGCUAUCACACACACAGGUGGUGGAGCUGCUAAAAGAAUGUCCUGUUGGGGCUGAGGCCAUGUUGGUUGUGCAGAGAGGAGGGGCAGGUCACUUUUCACCUUGGAAGACUUCUAAACAGGUCUUGGAACAUUGGGAUCCUUACAGCAGUCCCACAGCCAGUCUAUCUAUCCAUGCUCUCCCUCACAGCGCUCCAUAUCUCCACUGGCCCUCAGGUCCAGAGUUUGACCUGACCAAGCCUGACCCCUAUGACCUGUAUGAGAAGUCCAGGGCUAUCUUUGAGAAUAGGCAGCCAGGGCUUCCUCGAGCAGCUCUCCCUGCUGACCCUUCCGAGUUCCAGGAGGUGGAGGUGCAUUUGCAUAGACAGAAGUCUGGUUUCGGCUUCAGGAUCCUGGGCGGAGAGGAACCAGGACAGCCUGUGAGUCCGAAGGCUCCGGAGAAGAUCCUGAUUGGUGCAAUCGUUGAGAAGAGCCCAGCAGAUAAAGACGGGCGUCUACGGCCAGGAGACGAGCUGAUGUCAGUCGAUGGGAUUCCUGUGGCUGGAAAACCCCACCGUUACGUCAUCGACCUCAUGCAUGGGGCGGCCCGGACUGGGCAGGUUAAACUCACUGUACGACGGAGAAUUCAGUCCACAGGUGAACACUGUCCAGAGAACGGCCGCAGUCCUGGAUCGACCCAGCAUAGUUCCCCCAGGAGUGACUUAAACUCCAGAAUGUUCUGUAACAACUCCGCCCCCUUGCAUAACUCUGCCCCAUCCACCACAGGCUCCUCCCCACCAGACAAUGUAGCCAAUCAGAAUCUGCAGCCUAGUGAUGUCACCAUCCAGCGCAAGGAGAGCGAAGGGUUCGGAUUCGUUAUUAUCAGUUCACUGAACAGGCCCGAAUCCGCGGCUGCUGCUGCCGUACCCCAUAAGAUUGGACGGAUCAUUGAGGGAAGUCCAGCAGACCACUGUGGGAAGCUUAGGGUUGGAGAUCGUAUUUUGGCUGUCAACAAUCAGUCUAUCGUCAACAUGCCACAUGCCGACAUCGUCAAACUGAUCAAGGAUGCAGGACUCAGCGUCACACUCAGGAUCAUCCCUCACGAGGAGACGAACAGCACACCUUCUGCAGGCAGCUCAGAGAAGCAGAGCCCUAUGGCCCAGCCCAGUCCAGUUUGCCAACCCAGCACUGUGAACCAGACCAGUGCUGCCCAUCCAGCCAACUCCACCCCUCAACUCAACUCUGCACCUCAGCCCAGCCCCAUAAUGCAGCAUAGUUCAGAAGCACAACCGAGCCCUGUCACUCAAUCCAGCCCAGCCAAUCAGCCCAGCUCAGUGACCCAACAGAACCCGCCCACCCAGCCAUCCACAGUGCCAGUACAGAUCUACAGCCAUGACAGCAGCUACAGGUCAGAGGUGAAAGCAAGACAGGACGUAAAGCCCGAUAUUCGGCAGCCGUUCACUGAUUACCGGCAGCCCCCGGUGGACUACCGACACCCUCCUGUAGCAGACUACCGACAGCCACCAACGCUCGAUUAUAGACACCCCCCACUGCUAGACUACAGACAGCUGUCCACUGACCCUCGCACCUUUCCCUUACCCGACUACAGGAUGCCACAGGAUUUUGAUUACUUCACGGUUGAUUUGGAAAAGGGUAUGAAAGGUUUUGGCUUUAGUAUCCGUGGAGGCCGCGAGUAUAAGAUGGACCUGUUCGUUCUGCGAUUGGCUGAAGACGGACCAGCAAUACGCAAUGGAAGAAUGAGGGUUGGUGAUCAGAUCAUUGAAAUAAAUGGGGAGACCACGAGGGAUAUGACCCAUGCUCGGGCCAUUGAGCUCAUCAAAUCGGGUGGCCGUAGAGUUCGGCUGCUGCUCAAGAGAGGCACAGGGCAGGUCCCUGAGUAUGCAGAUAGUCCCGCCCCCUGGGAUGCUCACACUACAGCCUCCCCAAGUCUGUCGGAAGUAGCACCACCCCUCGACAGUUUACCUAAUCCAUCAGCUUCUUCUCAUAUGAACCCACCCACCAACCCACCUCAUACAUCAUCCUUGGAAGCAGUAGGUCCAGACUGUUGCCAGGAUCCUAGAGGCCCAGAGAGCAGGGCUCAAGCCAGUGUGGGGAAGAGGUCAGCUGUGGCAGGUGGAGUUGGGGGUGGGACCAAACAGAGGGAGGGUAGCAGGACCAACCAUCGCUCUAGUGGAGGGAAGAGUCAGCAACAAUACCUUGAUGAAAUUGCAGGAGAGCCCAAAUCCCACAAAAGCAGCCGGGCAAAGUCCAAGGAGCGCAGGAGGGAGCAGAGCAACACACCUCGAAAGCGAGACUCACCUAAAACUUCUCCAAAUGUUACCAACAUGAAUGGGGGAAACGGAUGCUUAGAUGGUUGCAACAACCAACAUGGAGCUCUGGUGCCAAUCAUAGCCCUACCAAAGGAACCAGAGAAAGUGCAAAUGAGUCAUCCCAGCCACAAUUCCAAGACCAGCAGCAUUGCAUCAGGCAGGAAGGCCACAGUAUCCCCAGGGCCCUGGAAGAUCCCUGGUUCGGACAAGCUUCCCAGUACCCUGCGCUCAGCCAACUCCACCAUCAGCAGAUAACAUCUCAUAAUAAUCUCAGGCCCAAGUUUAAACAUUACUUUUGGCCUUGACUUCUUUUGGCCAAGUUUUGAACCAAUCUUUGGUCAUGAUCUGCCUUGAUUUGGGACAGGUUGGGUUCGGGCUCUUCUUGAUUGCUUUUUACAGGCUUGCUCUACUUGGAAGAGAUUGGGUUUAACCUUGACUGGGUACCACCCUUCCAUAUUCCUCACUAAAGACCUUUCCAUGCAUUUCUAGACAGAGCAUUUUUUAUUUAUAUUUUAUUCUAAGUUAUUUUAAUGGAUAUGACACCCACCACCUUAAGAACUGCAAGCAUUCACUCCAAAAACGGAACCACGGUGGAAUGAGUGAUGCAUGUUGCGUGCAAAAAGAAUCCCAGACUUGUUUGAACUUGGGGAAAAGCACUCAAGAUUCAGAGAUGUACAUGCACAGAGAACCACUGACUCUUGAACAACCACUGGUGGCUACAGCAAUUUUUAUACACUUUCGUUCAAAAAUGAAGAAUACUGAAGGAGUUGCUUGAUAUAGAGUUUUUUGUGUAUUUGAAGAAUGAAUAUGAAUAAAAAGCUUCUAAAUGAGUGGACACUCGACUAUGGAACUCUGCCUUAAAGACUGACCUGCAGAUGUCUGUAUAAGGUUCGGUAAAAUGAAUAUAGAAAUAGAUAUAUUAUAUGACUGCAUAUAUGUAAGACAUAUUGUAAAUAUGGUCUUUACACAUCAUUGUGAGCCUAUUCUUGAGUAUUGAUAUCAUACACAGUGUUAGAAGUUAGAAGAGUGUAAUCUAGAAUUCAUUCCUACUUCACUUUUAGGUGCGUUCCCACUGACAGUGAUAUACACUUGAGUGGUUGCUAAUAGGUGUUACUACUCAACUUGAAUAUAGAUUUGUAACAGGAAACAGAUCACAUGACCUUCACUGUCUACACUGACAUUGGUAGUUGGAGCCUCAAGUUCAAGAUCAAUGCCAAUGGUCGCUUGUGUCUGAUUUAUAGCUACCAGUUGCUCCAAAUCGCCGUCAGUGUGAGUACACAGAUUCAGAAGGAGCUAAUAAGCUUUGACCUUCUCUUGACUCUUAAUCUAUUCUCCCUUUACGUGAGCACACAAACAAAGCAAUUUGAGUUCAAGAUGAUUUUGAUUAAAUAUAGAAUGGUUUGAAUAGGGCAGAGUGCCUUAUGCCAGGGGUGUCCAAUCCUGCUCUUGAAGGGCCACUGUCUUAUAGAGCGUAGCUCCAAUACUAAAUAUACAUACCUGAACCAGCUUAUAAAAAACUUCAGGAUUACUAGAAACAUCCAGGCAAGUGUGUUGGGGCAGGUUGGAGAUAAACUCCGCAGUACAGGAGUGGACACCCCUGCCUUAUGCAGACCACUUGAUGCUUUAUUGGAGCUCUAAAUCCUAGGCAACGGCAUCAAUAAAAUAAAAUAAAAGUAAGCUGCUAUAAAUUCAUUGGACUACUUGUUCCGUAGAAACUGUGCAACAGUAAUGCCAGAACUGAAUGAGUAUGUGGUCGCAUCCCUGUCUCUGAAUGCUGAUUGGUGAAUAGAGAGGUUGUUUUUUUGUCCACAAUAUAGAUAUAUCAAUAUAAAAUUCAAAGCUAUUUUCAUACAUAGAAAUAGAGGUGAGAGUCUUCUAAAAAUAAGUGCAGAUAUUUAUUAAUGAUAUCUUUAACAGGAGUUCAAAUGUUUGUUAAGCACUUUGUCUUUAAGUAGACGUGUAUACAUAUACAAUGCAUUACUGGAAAGAGUAUAUGCUGUGCAUCCAUGAUAUUCAUUGAAUAUUUCCGAGGAAGUUAAUUCUCAAAAUCCUGCUAUGAAAAUUUGUUUAUUAGCAUAUUCCCAUAUAAAAGGUUGUGUCUCAUUCACAUGGUUCCUGCUAAUAGCACAUUGUGAAAGUACAUGAAAAAGGUAAUGAAUGCUAUUUGUUUUUACUUUUUUUUUUCUUUGAAUUUCAUCAUCUACCUUGUGCUGUAUUUAGAUGUAUGUACAUAGACACAGUCUAUCAGUCUCUACUAGCUAAGCUAGUAGGCUAAGAUGUUAGCUUGCUAAUCGAAGGCUAACUUAAACACAAAGAACCAAUUAAAAGGUCUCGGCUAAUGGAAUUUCUUUGAGAUUUCCUAGGUUAUGCUUUGAAAAAUCCACAGUAAAUGAGGUCAAAGUUGAACAUGUUUGAACUUUAAGUGUCAUGUUACACAUCUAUGUGCCACACAGCAAGGUGGCUGAAGUCCCAUUCACACAAAGAUAACUAUAAAGUUAUAAUAAUUAUUUUAAUUCUAUGAGAGUAGGAUAAUGAUAUUACGAUGACACAGUGGAGAAUCACUUUCUUCUUCUUUUUUUCAACUGAUGAAUCAUAAAAUCACUGACAACCAGAAUCAGAAUCCACCACUUUAAAAUUGAGUUAGCAUAUAAAGCAGCAGACCACAUGACAGCAUUGUUUGCUUAUAAUAAACGGAAUGUUAUUAUGAAUUGAUGUGGAUGCUAACUUAGUUAUCAUUUUAGUUAUCAUUCUUGCCGUGAACGGGACUUGUCACUCUACCCUGAGUUUUGCUCCGUUGAGUUAAUUGGACUGGGGAACAUUGAUGUGAGUCAUGUGAAAGGGCUUCAUACUUGAGCUUAAAAAAAUAAAUUUUUUGGAAUGUUAAGGUGUAAGGGAACAAACUUUUGGGUUACAUCUAGGCAAUUAUUCUGUGUUUUCUUUCAUAAUUCACAUUUUUAUGAGUUACAUUGCCAUAAAUGUCACUGAAAUAAAUAAAUAUAAAAUUUUACAAUCA